AUGGCGGCACAGGGGGAGGAGGACCCGACGGCCAGGGGGGAGGACGCCGACGGCGGGGAGCAGGCGGCGGAGGUGGACCCGACGGGGCGAUUCUUGAGGUUCGACGCCAUCUUGGGGAAGGGGUGCACGAAGACGGUGUACAAAGGCUUUGACAGGGAGCAGGGCAUAGAGGUGGCGUGGAACCAGGUCAAGCUGCCCGACACCGUGAAGCAGGUGGCCAAGACGCGCCUUUUCUCGGAGAUAUCCGUCCUCAGGAAGCUCAAGCACAGGAACAUCAUGAAGUUCUACACUUCCUGGCUGGACAACCGGCAGCGCACCCUGAACUUCAUCACGGAGUACUUCCACUCUGGCACUUUGAGAAGGCAUCGCAUGCUGCACAAAUGCGUGACAUUGCAGGUACUGAAGCGUUGGGCCUGGCAGAUCCUUCAGGGUCUGGUUUAUCUCCAUGGUCACGAUCCGCCCAUUGUCCACAGGGACUUGAAAUGUGACAACAUCUUCAUCCAUGGUGUGACUGGUGAAGUGAAGAUCGGUGACUUGGGAAUGGCCAAACUCCUGACUGCUGGCCUUUCUAAGGCUCAAAGUGUUCUUGGUACUCCUGAAUACAUGGCACCUGAGCUCUAUGAUGAGCGGUAUAAUGAGAAGAUUGACAUCUAUGCCUAUGGAAUGUGCCUGAUGGAGCUUGUGACAAUGGAGUUUCCUUACAUGGAGUGCGACAACAGAUGCCAGAUCUUCAGGAAGGUCACUUUGGGUGUCUACCCAGCUGCGCUGGCACGAAUCGAGGAAACUGAAGUUCGUGACUUCAUUGAACUCUGCAUUUCUCAUGAUCACAGGUACAGGCCAUCAGCGAGGGAGCUGCUCAAGAACCCCUUCUUUGACAGUCUUCGUGCACAGGGCAUGGGGACACGCCUUGGCCAGAGCUUCAGUGGGCCUUCCAUGGUGUGCCCUGCUGUGAUUGCACUCCCAGGUGCCAGGACAUUCAGCCUGCGUGUCACUGAGGCUCAAGGAAGGGUACUAAAGUUCAAACUGGGCAUCAAGGCAGCAGAAGGGGCUGUGCAGUGCUUCGCCUUUCCUUUUGAUGUCCUUUUGGAUACUGUGGAAGCUGUGGCAGGGGAGAUGGAGACAGACUUCGAGCUCACAUCAGCAGAAGCGGACAUCUUCAAGCUGUUGCUACAGGAGGAGGUGACCAAGGCCAGGGCGCUGGGGCCACUGGAGAGAAAGCUUUCUGGCCUGCUGUCACCUAUACUGGCGACCGGGACGUCCUCAGAGAUGACAGCAAGCUUUGAGGGGACCUUUUCAGAUUCCAAUCUUGCCAUGAGUGCAUCGGAGCCAUAUAUGUCUGCUGAGACGGCGCAGCCAGAGGUAUUGUGUGUGCAGGAGUUAGCCAAAGAUUCAUUUGUCUCUGAAGAAACAGAGGAUUUAGAUUGCAUGGGAGAUAGGGGGCAGUCGGACAAUCUGGGAGUGAGGGGUCGCAGCAGCGAAGUAGAGCAGCGUAUGUGUGCUAGGCCAUGGGCACUGGAAGAUACAGUUGGGGAAUCUGGUCUGAUUGCCAGACUGGUGUCCAGCGGGGACUCUCCCAAGGGUGUUCGUGUUCACUCGCUGAUGAGGAAGCAGUGCGCAUCGGAGCCGUGCCUGGUUCUGAGUGAUCUGUGUGAGGACAGCAGUGCUGUAAAGGCGGAUGCAUUGAGGACCUUGACUCCCCGCAUCGAUGUCAAUAAGGCGGCUGCUGUAGCAGGUGGUCCAGGCAGGGAGCGGAAGGCCUUCGACCCAAGAAGCAGCAGCAGUGGCAGCGCCCUGCCCUUGCAUCCUGCAUCUGGGGCUGGCGCGGUGGCAGAAACGGCUCCAGUUGCUGAGGUGGUGCACAACACUGCCUGCGUGCCUGAAGUUGGGGGUGCAGAGAGGGGUCCCACAGGGGCCUGUGCCCAGAUGGCGUCGCAUAUUGGAGAUUCUACAACGGGUGCAUCAGAUGCUGGGAAAUCAAAACGCAAACCCCUCCUUUCAAAGUCGGGAGGAUGCCCACGUCCCACGGGGAAAUUGGCGUCGAGAUCGAGUAUGUACAGCCAAGCACUUCAAGAGCAUGCAAGACAGGCGCUCCGGAGUUCCAUGCAGAGCGUGGCGGGCAUGAUCGGUGGAUUGACUCGAAGGCGGUCAUGGUCAGCUUCUGUCUGGGCCCAGCAGGACGAGUCGAACACAGAGGCCGCUUGCCAGUGGUCGCAGCAGGAGAUCAAGCCAAGGGACGUUUUGGCCAGCAGGAAGAGUGGGGAAGUGCAGAGCGAGGCUGUGCUGCAGGCCAAGAGACACAUGAUGUGCCUGCCGGUAGGUGGCCGCAGGCAUGGACAUGGCAAGCGCCGUGGUGGCCAGCGUUUCAGGAGCUCAGGGGCCCUGGAGGCCUUGAGGGUGCACAACCUGCGGGUGGCAGCACAAGGGGGCAUGCAGGACGCCCCAGAUGGCAGCGACUCGCCGAUCCACAAGUAUGCAUCAGUUCUGCAGAGUGUCAGCUCUUCAGACCGGCUGUCGGCAAAGUCGAUGAAUAGUGGUAGGCGUCCCUCCAUGAAGGAGAUACGCUGGCAUAGGUCGAAACUGUCGCCUAACGAUGUGGCUGGCUUGGACAACGCAGAACGCCUGGCAAGGUCGGCGUCUGUGCCCGUUGAGCCUCAGUCAUGCUCCAGGCCACAAGCCAAGACGCUGGCCAGCAGGUACUCGUCUCCUUGUGCGAGCAGCAGCAGGGAUCGGGGUUUCUGGAAGACGCUGGUGGCAAAGGUGGCGAUGAGGCGAAAGGCGACAGCCCAAAACAAUGACAGCGCACAGUCACAGAUUUUUGACCCUCAAAGUGCAAUUCGGCGGUCCCUUGGCCCUUGCAUUCCCGUGCGACGGCCUCGUGACUCGCCCCCAAUCUUGUCCCACCUGGCGGCCAUGUGA